AUGAUUGUGUGGGGGAACACUGGAGGCGAGGUUAUAUCUGCAUUUUGUUCAAGUUGCGGCUCACACGAUACUUUGCGACUGCUUGCCAUUACCGGGGUCGUCGCCCUAUUCGGAUAUAAGUACGACGAUGAGCGAACGCCCAGCAUCUCACCAACAUCGUUCUACAACGGAACACCGCUUCUAAAGUGCUACUUUAUCAAACAAAUGGCGUUCGCUGAACAAUCUGCACCCGUGGACGCAUGCCAGCUAGUGAAGUGCAGCCAGUGCGGCAAGACGACUUGGAGGGGCUGCGGCAUGCACGUUGACGCGAUCAUGAAGGACGUCAAGGAGGGGGACAAGUGCAAGUGUCCGCCUCGCUCGUGGUUUCAGUCGCUCUUGGGCAUCUAA